AGGGGGGAGGAGGGGGGGAUACUGCAGCUCAGCACAAGAUGGCUACGGUUCCCUCCAGCUCAAAUCCUGUCGAGUCACCCUGUUUGCCAAAGAGGCAUAUCCUUUUGUUGGGGUAUCGUGGCUCUGGCAAGACCUCAUCCUGCAUCACCAUUACUGGCCAAGAAGAGCUACAGUCCAGGCUGCACACAGAAGAGCCUGUUCUCUGCACAAAGACAUUUGGCAGCAGGCUCCUUCUUGUGGUGGACACUCCUGGAUGGACCAUGGAUGAUGGAGAUGCAACAGAAGAAAAGCUGGACAGCCAGAACUCCACAGUGGCCCACAUCAGGCACCUGUGUUAUCCAGGCAUUCAUGCCAUGCUGCUGGUGGUGCCAAUUGGAGAGCCGUUCACUGAACGCCACAGGAAGGGCUUGGUGGAUCGUGUAGAGGCAGCUGGGACAGAUGUGUGGAAAUUCUCUAUAGUAUUGUUCACCAGGGCAGACAGGCUCUGGGGCAAUGGUGUAGAAGAGUUUAUCACAGAAGGUGGAAAGCCACUUCAGAGACUGGUGGAGAGGUGUGGGAACCGAUACCAUGCUCUAGAUAACACCUGCACUGACAACAGCACACAGGUUAAUGAGCUUCUGCAAAAGUUGGAAGAGAUGGUGCAGGAGAAUAAGGGAUCCUUCUUUGCAAUGGAUGAGAGGAUUGAGACAUCUUCAAGCGUCUCAAGGAUGUUACAAGGAGAAGUGGGAGAGGGAAUGAUCACAGGUGAUACAGAGGUGACAUCACCGAUGUUUAGAUCACCACCAAGAGAGUUGCGCAUGUUGUUAGUGGGAUGGCAAGGUUCAGGCAAAAGUUCAGCAGGAAACAUGAUCUUGGGUGCACGCAAGUUUGAAUCAGGUUGUCAUACUGAAGUCUCCUUGCGUCGUCAGGCCCACGUUAAUGGGCGCCGUGUGACAAUAGUGGACACACCAGGCUGGGACUGGUUUUCUGUCCAUCGCACACCUCGUCACGUCAGAAAGGAAAUUAAACGAGGGGCGGAGCUGCUUCACCCUGGCCCACAUGCUCUCCUACUGGUCAUUCCUGUAAUCUCCACUCUCACGUCCAGGAAGAGACGAGCCCUUGAGAGCCACCUGGAGAUGUUUGGUGAGGACGCCUCUCUCCACACCAUUGUACUGUUCUCUUGUGGUGAUUGGCUGGGCUGCACACCAAUCGAGGAGCAGCUCCAAAGGGAUGGUGGGCAAUUUUUGAGUCUGAUGGAGCACUGUUUGAACUACUACCACGUACUGGAUAGCACCAAUGCAAAGAGAGGUCAAGAACAGGUGGGUGAACUUCUGCUAAAAGUGGAAGAAAUGGUGGCACAGAAUGAAGAACAGCCGUUCUUACCUGUCAAAUUGUAUGAAGAACAGGACGAUGAAGCAUCAUGUGAUAAAUGCACUCUGCAGUGAGAAACCAAAUGAACAGCCCUGUUGAAACACAAAUUUACACACUACACAGCGAUUACCUGAUAAAGAAUUUACUUUCAUAUUCAGGCAGGAGUUAGUUUGCAUUAAGAAUAUGACUAGCUGCAAUCACUCAAAAAAUUACAAAGAAAGAGGGUCAAUCAAAGGUUUUAUGAAGAUACUUGAAUUAGGAUGAGUGAGGUGUGCUCACAUGAACCUUAUCACUUAUCGAAAGUGCUUUAUUCGUCUGUAUCUUAAGUAUAUGUCGUAAUAUAUCAUGAAACAAGACGCAUGUUUUGGCAGUUUACUGACAACAUGCUCCAUCAUUACUGUUUUGUCUUACAAUAUACUAGUGCAUCUCAAAAAAUUAGAAUAUUGUGAAAAAGUUCAAUAUUUUCCAUCAGUUAUUUAAGAAAGUGAAAAUGUUAUAUAUUAUAGACUCAUUACACAUAAACAAAUGUUUCAAGCAUUUUUCUAUUUUAAUUUUAAUCAGUAUGGCAUACAGUACAAAAACAUUAAAAAAACCCAUCUCAAAAUAUUAGAAUAUUUCAUUUCGAGUUUGAGCAAAACAAUAUGAACACGGUAUAUCUCUCGGUCUAGUUCAGUACACACAACCACAAUCAUGGGGAAGACUGCUGACUUGAUUGUUGUCCAGAAGAUGAUCACUGAUGCCCUCCACAAGGAGGGUAAGGUCAUUGCUGAAAAGGGUGGCUGGAAAAGGUGCACAAGCAACAGGGAUGGCUGCAGUCUUGAGAGGAUUGUCAAGAAAAGUUGAUUCAAGAACUUGGGAGAGCUUCACAAGGAGUGGACUGAAGCUGGUGUCAGUGUAUCAAGACUCACCACAAACAGACAUCUUCAAGAAAGGGGAUACAACUUUCUCAUUCCUAAUAUCAAGCUACUCCUGAGCCAGAGACAAUGUCAGAAGUGGGCUAAGGAGAGAAAGAAAUGGACUGUUGCUCAGUGGUCCAAAGUCCUCUUUUCAGAUAAAAGUACAUUUUGCAUUUAAUUUGGAAAUCACGGUUCUAGAGUCUGGAGGAAGAGUGGAGAGGCACAGAAUCCAAGGUGUUUGAAGCCCAGUGUGAAGUUUCCACAGUCUGUGAUGAUUUGGGGUGCCAUGUCAUCUGCUGGUGUUGGUCCACUGUAUUUUAUCAAGUCCAAAGUCAACACAGCCAUCUACCAGGAUAUUUUAGAGCACUUCAUGCUUCCAUCUGCUGAUGAGCUUUUUGGAGAUGCUGAUUUCCUUUUCCAGCAGGACUUGGCACCUACCCACAGUGCUAAAACUACUACCAAAUGGUUUGCUGACCAUGAUAUUACUCUGUUUGAUUGGCCAGCCAACUUGCCUGACCUGAACCCCAUCGAGAAUCUAUGGGGUAUUGUCAAGAGGAAGAUGAGAAACACCCGACCCAAAAAUACAGAUAUGCUGAAGGCCACUAUCAAAGCAACCUGGGCUUCAAUAACACCUCAGCAGUGCCACAGACUGAUCACGUCCAUGCCACACCGCAUUGAUACAGUAAUUCAUGGUAAAGGAGCCCCAACCAAGUAUCGAGUGUAUAAAUGAAUAUACUUUUCAGAAGUUGGACAUUUCUGUAUUGUAAAUCCUUUUUUUGAUUGAUCUUAGGGAAUAUUCUAAUAAUUUGAGAUACUGGAUUUCUGAUUUUCAUGAGCUAUAAGCCAUAAUCAUCAAAAUUAAAAAAAAAAAUUCACUUUACAUGUAAUGAAUAUAGAAUAUAUGAAAGUUUACCUUUUUGAAUUAAAUUAUGAAAAAAAGGAACUUUUUCAUGGUAUUCUAAUUUUUUGAGAUGCACUAGUAGUCUCUUCGUUUCCCAAAUGAAUUUUGCAACAAAUAUUACACUGUUUAUAAUUUCCCUCUAAAUUUCAUUAUUAAACUAAAAGUGUCAAAGCAUAUGCUGGUGAAAACAUUGCUACUAUGACAGCUCAGCUCAAAAACUGAAUAUACAGGAUCACAAAAAAGAAUAUCAAGAUACUGUGUGUCUCUCAUCACCAUUAUCCAGCCCAAAAUACAGCACUUAUAUUUGUGUCAAACUUAACAUUUUACUACUGUAUAUUUUGCACGUACUAUUUUGAAAGAAAUAAAGUUCAAAGUUUUAAA